AGAGUCUAACAAUAAAUCACGUGAGUGUUGAAGAUUUAUCAUGUGAUUGAUGUAAUCAAAAUGGCGGCUACGAGACAGCUUUGGAGACUGUGCCCUAGAUUGCCACUGGUCUUUAGUCAGGGCUAUGCUUCAGCUGCUGCUGCAGAAACGGUCAAGGCCCCCAUCAAGGUCUUUGGAAUAGAAGGGAGGUAUGCACAUGCCCUAUUUUCAGCUGCUGCUAAGCAGAAGUCUUUAGACAAAGUUGAAAAGGAACUCAAUGAUUUCCAGUUUGCACUAUCCAAAGACAGUAAAUUGGAGGAUUUUAUGCGAAACCCGACUCUCAACAAGACUCGGAAAGACGCCGCAUUGCGUGGUGUAUUAAAAGAGAAGAAAUACUCUGACCUGACGGUGAACCUCUUUGGUGCCUUGGCUGAGAAUAACAGACUAACUAAGACUCAGAGUGUGAUCAAAGCCUACCAGACCAUCAUGAGUGCUCACAGAGGAGAGGUCCCCUGCACUGUCACCACUGCUAAGCCCCUGGCAGAGAAGCACACGAAGGAGCUUGAAAAAUCACUCCAAAACUUCACUACUAAGGGACAGGUGCUCAAGUUAGAUGUGAAGGUGGAUCCAUCCAUUAUUGGUGGAAUGGUUGUAGACUUCGGAGACAAAUUCAUCGACAUGUCUACUCAGACGAAAAUCAAGAAGAUUGUCCAAACUCUGAAAGUAGGCAUGUCCUAAGGACUUGUAGGACAGGGUUUAUAGCAAGAAAGUUUCACAUCUUCGUGUAUUGUAUUUAUAGCCAUCAAUUGUGAUGGACUUCGUGUAGUAAAUAUAAUUAUUAUUGUGCAACAGGUACAAAUGAUCUGAAUGGACAAUUAUGGAAUGUGAUGGUCCUUAUGUUUGAGAAUG